AUGGUCGGUACCUCCCCCUCUCCAUCCGGGGAUUCCUCGACGGCGGUAUUGUUGAAAAGAAGAGGGGUGAUGAUCACGUCUAAAGCUCAGCCGUGUGAACUCAUGCGGAGAGUUGCGUUGCCAUUGCAGAAGAAAAAAGUCAUCCCGAAGGAAGAAAUCGACGGUGAGGUGGAGGAGUGUGAAGGAGGAGGCACCAGGAAGACGACGACGGCGAUUGAAGAAAAAGCAGAGAAAAAAAAAGGGACCACCACCGUUGACGGCGGCGAGGGAGACGAGAAAGAGAAAGAAAAAGAAAAGGGAGAGAAAAGAACAGACGAGAAGAUGAUGAGCGCGACGGCGAUGGAACGCGCGUACGUUAAGAAUUUCAGCGCGGACAAGUUUUGGUUCUCCAUAGAUGGAAAAGUGCACAACGGGAAAGCGCUAAAAAAAGCGAUUCCUCUCGGGACUUUUUUCGAGUUUGCAAAAGAGGGCCUCACGCGAGACACUUGGAAGCACUUGGAAAAUGAAGGCAAAGCAAAGAGUUUGAUACGAACGGUACCAGAUAAGUGCCCGAAUAAAGAACUAUACGCGGAGUUUGUGUUGUUACGAUUAGUGGAAGUGUGCGAAGUCGCGCAAACGACCAAGAAAGGGUGGACGGAUAAAGGAUGGGCACAGUGUCGCUUCGAGUUGGUACCAAUGUUUGGGAGCCACUUGCGCGAAGGCGAACGCGACGAGCUUGUUUUGAAUAUUUUGGUAGAAGCAGCGUUCCACAGAUUGAGAGUUUCAAAAUUAGCGCCUUCGGAUGGUACUGGUAUAAAGAUACACAUGAGGUACGAUGGAUUUCGCUCGCCGGUGGGACACAGACUCGCGCUGGAGGACGGUGUAAGCGACGGGACGCCAGAUAUGGACAAGCAACAAAAGAAAAUAGAAGAAGGCGAAAGUUUGACAAAGAACAAGAUGAAUAAAAAGAGAAAUCAUGCGUCGAUAGUAUCAACAAAAGGCACGGGUACAGCGAAGGUAUCGCAGCGCUCGCGCAAAUCGUCUCUCUCGAAGGGAACAAAGGAGAAAGAGAGGAAACGCGCAUCGCCGGUGCAGAAGCGCCGUAGUCCACCACCGCCACCAGUAGUAGUAGUAGUAGCAACAGACAACAAAUCGCGACCAUCGUUAACAAUGGGUCCGCACAGUUCGUCGCAAGAACAUUCCAAAGAAGGUGGUAGUACGAAUUGCUUGAAAUCAUCGUUUGGUACUGAAGCAGGACCGGGGACGGCAGCGGCGGCGGCGGUGACUGCAGCUAAAACGAUGAACCGAUCAAAGUACAGUGGAGGGAAUAGAAUCGAAGCUCCGAGCAUCCUCUGGGAUCUUAGCGAUGGUGACGAUCAUAACGAGGGUAAUACGCGAAAGCGAGCUAUACCGCGCCAAGACAAUGCUACGUUGUUUGAAACAACAUCUCGACGAUUGGCAGAUCGAAUCGAUUUCUCCAAGAAAAAGCGACCGACGACAGAGACUGAAAAUGAAAGAGAAAAUUCUCCAAAGAAGCCACGAACUCCUGCCAACACGAUUUUGGACCCAUCAAGCCCGAAGGGUCGUCAGGACAUGAAAGAUGUCGGGGACUCUGCGUAUCAGACAGUAUUGCGCGCGCACGUAGAAAAGACAAGGACGAAAGCGUCGAAGAAGAAUGCGGGAGAUGCGAAGAACUCAAAUGGGUCGAAUUUGACCGAACAGUUUGAUAACAGUUUAGAUUUCGAUAAAAGUACGGAGGAGAACGACGAUGACGACGACGCGAAAGGCGAAAGUACGGAAGAGGACAUUAUUGAGACCGACGUCGAAGAUCACCACGCUCUAAAUAAGAGAAGGCAACCUUCCCUCGCUUCUCAACAAGAACUGGCGCGCGAGAAGGGGGAAGCGCUUUGCGGUCGCGGUGCUAUACGAAUACACACCAUGGAAGAAGUUCUCGGAAGAGUAGAAAAGAAACCUUCGUAUGCGAGGCGACCAUCGAUUAGAGAGAAGCGCACGCAACGCGAUCAAUUCCCAAUGACGAAAAAGGUUGAGAAAGAGGUGGCGAACCUUCGGUCGAAGCACAGAACGGCGAGAAAAAUAGCAAAGCCGUAUCACAAUCGAAGGAAAUCACCACCGCUUCCAGAGAAGGUUUCACCCAUUCUUCCUAUCGAAAAAAUUUCCCGUGAUGAUGUUGCAGUCGAUGCGCUCUUGGCUCUGAACGGCAAUACAAAAGCUUCUUAUGAAACCACCAUCGUCAACAACUCCACGAACACCGCCUUUAGUGGGGGCGCGAAGAACAUCGUUCAGGUUGGGAUCAACGAUGCCGUGCAGUAUUCCGACGCCGAACACCGCGUGCAAAUACAAACAGACCGUCUUUUAUUCUUUGAAUCGCAAAAGAACACUUUUCGGAACAAAGCAAUUGUGAGAGCGAUCACUCGGCGUGAGAAUAAAGCUGUAUCAACUGCUUUUUUAUCGAGAGGCUUUACGGUCGACAUGGACAGUAACGAAGGCGCAUUUAUACGAAAUAUGCUGGAAUUCGCAAACAUGAGCAGAUUGCACAUGGACGCGAAGCGUGUCCUUUGGGAGUGGAAACGCUGUUUAGAUGAGUUGCCGGUGACUAAAAGUCAGCGCCAAACGAUGGAGCAAUUUGUGAGUUUGAGAAUUCAAGGCGAGAGGUCAAAGUGGCCCAAUAAAGAAAUACGCCAUUUUGAUUCUUUCCUGAGGAAUGACGGAGAGUAUUGGAACUUGAUGACCGUGGAGAAAUGCGAAACAGUGGCAGAGAUAGUUGCGUAUCGUGCUUAUGAAAGGGCGUUGAGGACUCCGGAAAUGCUUUUGGAGAUGAAAGUCUUAAGAUCACUCGUCGUCGAGUAUGAAAGCGACUUGCAACGUCUGAGAGGCAACGCUGACAUUCUAGAGCAGAUUCGGUAUGAUUACAACACGAGGAUUCUGAAAAUUUUAAAAGACAUAGAUAAAAGCAUUUACUAA